CCGCCUCUUUUUCUCCCUCCCUCCGCCCCACCUCCUUCUUCUUCCUCAGCUCCGUCGCCCCCCGCCACCGCCGCGCCCGCCCGCCGCGCCGGAGCUCGAUCUCCGAAACGCCCUCGGCCGCCUUACCUGUAAAAGCCCCACCUUUAGCUAGCUACCUCUUCUUCCCCUAGCUUUGCUAGCUAGCUAGAGAAGGAAGGAAACGGUAGCUGACAGACAGUUGAUUGGUGGUCCGGGGUACGGUGUGUUCUUCAGUCGUGAAGCGACCGUACAGUGGGCUAGGGCGUUCUCUCCGGGUUGCGUGCAGGAUGGUCGUCAAGGAUCGGGAGUGAGGAGGAGGGCAGCUCUGCUCGUGGUCGUGGAGGCUAAAUGUACCGCAAGAACGACUCGGCACUCUCCUGCUUCUACCUCUUCCUCCUCUGGUUCUUCUUCUUGAAAUAGACCACCAGCUCGCCAGGUAGCUACUAGCUCUAGCAGUAGCAGCCCAGUUGCUUGCGAUUGGGGAUCGGUCGUCGCCGCCCGGGCUCUCCUCUCAGCUCGUUUGUUUGCAAGUCGUUGGAAGCUAGCUAGCUAGACGAGGGAGAUGGAGCUGGAUCUGAACGUGGCCGAGGUGGCGCCGGAGAAGCCGGCGGCGGCGAUGGAGGCGAGCGACUCGGGGUCGUCGGAGUCGUCGGUGCUGAACGCGGAGGCGGCGUCCGCGAGCGCCGGGGCCGCCGCGCCGGCGGAGGAAGGCUCCAGCUCGACGCCGGCCGUGCUCGAGUUCAGCAUCCUCAGGAGCGACAGCGACGCGGCCGGCGCGGACGACGACGACGACGCCACGCCGUCGCCGCCUCCUCACCAUCACCAGCAUCACCACCACCAGCACCACCACCAGCAGCAGCUCGUCACCCGAGAGCUCUUCCCGGCCGGCACCGGCCCGCCGCUCCCGUCGCCGCAGCAUUGGGCCGAGCUCGGCUUCUUCCGCGCCGACCCGCCGCGCCCGCAUCAGCAGCAGCCGGACAUCAGGAUCCUGCCGCACCCGCACCAGCACCCGCACGCCACCCCGCCCGUGGCUCCCCCGCCGCCGGUGCAGCCACAGCCGGCCAAGAAGAGCCGCCGCGGGCCGCGCUCCCGCAGCUCGCAGUACCGCGGCGUCACCUUCUACCGCCGCACCGGCCGCUGGGAGUCCCACAUCUGGGAUUGCGGAAAGCAGGUGUACUUAGGUGGAUUCGACACUGCUCAUGCUGCUGCAAGGGCGUACGAUCGAGCGGCGAUCAAGUUCCGCGGCGUCGACGCCGACAUAAACUUCAAUCUCAGUGACUACGAGGACGACAUGAAGCAGCAGAUGAAGAGCCUAUCCAAGGAGGAGUUCGUGCACGUCCUGCGGCGGCAGAGCACCGGCUUCUCCAGAGGCAGCUCCAAGUACAGAGGAGUCACCCUGCACAAGUGCGGCCGCUGGGAGGCGCGCAUGGGGCAGUUCCUCGGCAAGAAGUACAUAUAUCUUGGGCUAUUCGACAGCGAAGUAGAGGCUGCAAGGUUGUUCAUCUUUGAUUCUGCAACUCAUAUAUGCAAACAAAAAAAAAAGAUUUUUUCUGUUUUUUUAUCAUGUCUUUUGAUUUCCAAAGGGUUGAGUACCGACUCGAUUCUCGUUUCUCUUCUUGUCAUUUUAAAAUCCAGGGCUUACGAUAAGGCCGCAAUCAAAUGCAAUGGUAGAGAGGCCGUGACGAAUUUCGAGCCAAGCACAUAUGAUGGGGAGCUGCUGACUGAAGUUAGCACUGAAGUUGCUGAAGUUGAUCUGAACUUGAGCAUAUCUCAACCGGCAUCUCAGAGCCCCAAAAGAGAUAAGAGCUGCCUAGGCCUGCAGCUCCACCAUGGAUCAUUUGAGGGCUCCGAAUCGAAAAAAACAAAGAUUGAUACUCCCUCUGAGCUGUCGGGCCACCCUCAUCGGUUCCCUCUUAUGACUGAGCAUCCACCGGCCUGGCCUGCUCAAUCUCACCCCUUCUUCACAAAUCAUGAGAGUACAUCAUCGAGAGACCUUAACAGGAGGCCUGAGGGGGGUGCUCCUAGCUGGGCAUGGAAGGUGACAGCAGCUCCUCCUCACACCCUGCCAUUGCCGCUGUUCUCUUCGUCAUCGUCAUCCGCUGCAGCAUCAUCAGGAUUCUCCAAUACCGCCACGACAGCUGCCCCAUCGGCCUCCCUCCGGUUCGAUGCACCGCCAUCGUCGUCAUCGAGCCAUCAUCAUCGCCGCUGAGAAUCAAGAAGCCACACUGUAAAUCUGCUGGGAAGCUGGCAUUUUUCCCCCCUCUGGGCGUUGCAACUUUUUCGGUUUUGCGCCGGCUGGGGUGGUUUCUUGUAGUGGAUCGAUUGGAUUCUUCAUAACUGUAUUUGCACACUGUCAUACUGCCCAAGUGAAAAUGCUCCUCUCUUUACACUACACAGUACACACACUGCUGCUCUUGGAGCUACUGUUGCUGCUAGAGAUUGACUAACUUAAGCAUCUGAGAUACUUUGAUUGAUCUAUAUAUACAUUGUGUAGAGAAUAUAUCAUUGCUGAAACUAUUGACAGAAGUAUAUACAGGUUUGUUCCAGGUCACUCACCACUAGCUUGGUAAUUUGUAAUCUCUGCUACAAGGGUUCUUUUAUAGCUACGUCAUGUAAUUCUCUUAAUCUUAAUGAAACAUGGGCUAUAUUCCCCCAUCGCGGAAAA